UCUCGCAAACCCACCCAGAACCUCCAGCCGCCGACACCAUGGUCAACUCCUGUUGUGGCUCCGUCUGCUCUGAGCAGGGCUGUGGCCAGGAGAGCUGCUGCCGGCCCAGCUGCUGCCAGCCCACGUGCUGCAGGACCACCUGCUGCUGCCCCAGCUGCUGCGUGUCCAGCUGCUGCAGGCCCCAGGUCUGCCAGUCUGUGUGCUGCCAGCCCACCUGCUGCAGGCCUAGCUGUUGCAUUUCCACCUGCUGCAGGCCCCAGUGUUGCCAAAGCAGCUGCUGCAGACCCAGCUGCUGCAUCUCUAGCUGCUGUCAGCCCAGGUGCUGUGAGACCACGUGUUGCAGGCCCAUCUGCUGCCGCCCCAGCUGCUGCGUGUCCAGCUGCUGCCGGCCCAGCUGUUUCCAGACCACGUGCUGCAGGACCACCUGCUGCCGCCCCAGCUGCUGCGUGUCCAGCUGCUGCAGGCCCCAGUGCUGCCAGUCUGUGUGUUGCCAGCCCACUUGCUGCAGACCCAGCUGCUGUAUUUCCAGCUGCUGCAGGCCCAGCUGUUGCAUCUCUAGCUGCUGCCGCCCCUGCUGUUGCCAGCCCAGCUGCUGUGAGAGGACCUGUUGCAGGACCACCUGCUGCCGCCCCAGCUGCUGCGUGUCCAGCUGCUGCAGGCCCAGCUGCUGCAUCUCUAGCUGCUGCCGCCCCUCCUGCUGCUAGACUACCUGUUGCAGACCCAGCUGCUGCAUUUCCAGCUGCUGCCGCCCCUCCUGCUGCCAGACCACCUGCUGCCGCCCCAGCUGCUGCAGGCCCCAGUGCUGCCAGCCCACCUGCUGCAUUUCCAGCUGCUGCCGCCCCUCCUGCUGCCAGCCCACCUGCUGCAUUUCCAGCUGCUGCAGGCCCAGCUGCUGUAUUUCUAGCUGUUGCCGCCCCUCCUGCUGCCGCCCCAGCUGCUGUGUGUCCAGCUGCUGCAGGCCCCAGUGCUGCCAGACCACGUGCUGCAGGACCACCUGCUGCCGCCCCACAUGCUCUAGCCCCACCUGCUGCAUUUCCAGCUGCUGCAGGCCCCAGUGCUGCCAGACCACUUGUUGUAGGACCACCUGCUGCCGCCCCUCCUGCUGUGUAUCCAGCUGCUGCCGCCCCAGCUGCUCCAGUGCUUCUUGUUGCUGAGUGCUCUGCCAUGCCUGCUCCUGUUUGUCAGCACCAGUCAGUCCCGAUGUGGUCCCUCUGGAAGUUGAGUCAUGAGGGGCCAAUUACAAAGCUUCCAUUCCAGCUGGGAUUGCUUUUGGGCUCCCAAUAUACUGUCCCCUCUUCUACAAGUCACUGUAUCCCAAAUGAAUAAAAUUAGAAAUUUCUCUGAAA